AUGCCUGUUCUACUUAUAGGAUCCACUGGAAUGGGAAAGAGCACCUUUGGAAAUUACCUUAUAAAUCCAGACGAGGCACACAUGUAUGACAACCAAACCUUUCCAAUAGCCACAGACAAUACGCCGAUGACACAAGAUGUAAAAGUUGUGGACAAGAAAGUCCAAAUUGAAGGUGGUAGAGACGUCUUCCUUCAAAUAAUCGAUACCCCGGGGUUGAAUGAAAGUGCUGAAAAAGAUCUAUCUCACAUGAUUGAUAUUAUCAAAAAGUUGAAUGAGUGUGAAGAAAUCAAAGCUUGUAUUCUCAUUGUUAAGUUCAAUGCUAAAAUUGAUGCACAAUACAGAGCAACUUUGAAAUAUUACAGUAGGCUCUUUCCCGAUCUGUUUGAAAGCAAUGUCAUUAUUGUAAUGACUGAAUUCAAAACAGAUGAAGAUUCAAAAGCACUGAGAAAGAGGCAACGUAUUGAUGUCGAGCAAAUAAAACGUAACACAAUAUCAGAGCUUUGCAAAUGUUCUGAUAAGAAACUAACAUAUUCACCACAAAUAUUCAUGAUCGACUGUCUGGCCAUUCAGGAUGCUGCAAUAAAAAUCAGCCAAAACGUACGUAGAGCAAUCCUUGACUACAUCUUUCAAUUGCAACCAAAAAAA